AGACGUGUGUAUGUGCUGCAUGCAGAAGACCCAGCUCCACAUGAGACACGCACAUACGCUGUAGGUAGAAAGAGGCAGCGUUCGCGCGCAGCCGCAGAAGAAGUUUGCCGGUGUCGCGCAGCCGCAGUGGCUCGGUGGAGGUGUUCAAGUGUCGGAGCGGAGAGAGGAGACGAAGCGGGGAAGCAGGUGGCGGGGAGGGGGACGUGGAGCGAAGUUGAGUGUGUGUGGCCGGGAUGUAGGCGAGGCGGUCGCAGUGACCGAGGGGGGGAGCUAAGGAAAAUACUCAUCAACUACAGCGGUGGCGUGCGCCUUUGGACUACCUUUCCCCAUCGCUUUGAGCUGCAGGUUUUACAGCUGGUCGAGUGUCAGCUUUAUAUAAUGAACCUACUGCUAUGGCAAGCAACACUCUUGAAGGCUUCCAUGAAGUGAACUUAGCUUCGCCUUCCUCUCCUGAUUACACAGAACUGUCUCAAUCAGAGACUACAGAAGCUGCUACCUCAGGAAUUCUUUAUCAUCCUCAUUCAUUGGUGAGCUCUACCCCUGUUCAACCCUGUACACUGAUUGCUGCAGACCUUCCUACACAGCCGAUUUAUCCUUCAUCUCAGAACCUCAGCAGUGGAGAGUCAAGAAAUGUCAGCAAUAAAUUUUCAAUGCCAUGUGCUACCUCGGGAACAGUACAUAAUUCACCAAAACAACUGACAAGUGAUACUGGCAACCAUCGUGCAGAAGUGGAAUUUUUGCAAGGUGUACUAGCAAAUGAAGUUCAAGAAGGUGCAGAGGAUGUCUUGGACCAAAGUACAGACAGUCUAUCUCAUUUGAGAAGCCCAAUUGUACUUGAAGUGAGGGAGAAAGGCUAUGAAAGACUGAAAGAAGAACUUGCUAAGGCUCAGAGGGAGCUGAAACUAAAAGAUGAAGAAUGUGAGCGCUUAUCCAAAGUUAGAGACCAGCUGGGCCAAGAACUUGAAGAGCUUACGGCUAGUUUAUUUGAGGAAGCUCAUAAAAUGGUACGCGAAGCAAAUGUCAAACAAGCUGCCGCAGAGAAACAGUUAAAAGAAGCUCAUGGCAAGAUUGAUGUACUACAAGCUGAAGUAGCAGCAUUGAAAACACUAGUCCAGUCUUCUUCACCAACAUCACCCACAAGGGAGCUUCAGUUGAAUGCAAAACCUCAUUUUAAAAAGGGACAUGCUCGAAAUAAAAGUACAAGUGCCAUGGCCAGCAACAGCCAAGAGAUGAAUGUGAUACAACCAAUUGUAAGAGAUUGCAAAGAAGUUGAUUUGCUUCUGUUUGGUGAAUUUAAAGCAUGGAAGGAAGAACCAACAAUCGAUAAAACCUGCUGUUUUUUAGACAGAAUAUAUAAAGAAGAUAUAUAUCCUUGUUUGACAUUUUCAAAAAAUGAGCUAGCUUCUACGAUUCUUGAAGCUGUGGAAGGUAAUACUCUAAGCAUCGAACCAGUUGUUUUUCAGCCUCUCCCUGUUGUGAAAGCUUCUGCAGUGGAGUGUGGGGGACCUAAGAAAUGUGCUCUGAGCGGUCAGGCUAAAACUUGUAAACACAGAAUUAAGUUGGGAGAUUCCAGUAGCUACUACUAUGUUUCACCAUUUUGUAGAUACAGGAUUAUGUCUGUAUGUAACUUCUUCACUUACAUUCGAUAUAUUCAGCAGGGUCUACUUAAACAACAAGAUGUUGAACAGAUGUUUUGGGAAGUGAUGCAUCUGAGGAAGGAAAUGUCACUAGCCAAACUUGGAUUUUACAAGGAAGAACUCUAAGAUUCAGCCUUUGGAGAAUAAAAUGCAUGAGCUUUAAUGAGUGAUCAACAAUGUGGUUUCCAGAAGUUCCUUAUCCUAGUAUUUAUUUUCCUUUUAUAGUAGGUCUACAAUCUGUUUUUUUUUUCCCCUAGCUACUUGUACUUAACAAGUGACAAAGGACUGUUUUCUUUCUCUGUUGCAAGUAUUUAAUUUUGUCAUUUUAAGAAAUGUUUUGAGUAUUUGCAGCUGUAUCAGUGGCAUAGGAAAGAAGUGGGUGUAAUGAAAGCAACUGAAAUAAAUAUGAGCUCUGUUAUGUUAAGCAACAUGUUUGCAGGAGAAAUGGAUAUUUUGUGUGUACUAGCUGUGUUUUCAUAAGCUUUGUUUUAAAGAAGUUUGACUGGGUAUGGUUUUUUUGGAUGAGUAAAUCAAUUUUUCCAUUUGAAAUACAACUUGAGUUAAUAAUGGUUUGGGUUAUCAAUUUUUUCUUUCCAUUGUGCACUUUAAGCAGUGUGUUUUCUUAGAGCAAACUUUAUUCCAAUCUAUAGCCAAGCUAAGACAUUUAAUAAUAAAAAAUUGAUAUGAAAUGCAUCAAUUAUACAUCAAUAUAACAAUCUAAAAAUGUCCUAAAUGGCAAUAAAUGUAUUCUGGUAAACGCUAGCUUGCAGUUUUGAAUAUUAUCUGCAUAUAAAAGUUUAUUAACAAAUGGAUGAUUCUGAAUCACUAGGAGAAAUUAAUAAUGCGUGAACUUUUCAAAAUAUUUGACCUAUUGAGAGUGCAUUAUUCCUCUUUUUAUACUUCUCUACAGUAGAAUUACAAAAUGAACUUUUUAAAAUUUUUCUUUUAUUGCCUUCAUCAAUGUCAUUUAAUGUUUUUAGCACAUACCACGUUCUCACUAGAAUGAGCUUUGGGGAAUAAAUUGUUUUUGACCAGGCAUCCUGCAGUGUUUCUUUUUAAAUAAACAGAUUGCCUUGUCAUUGACAAAGUGUGCUUAACAAGCUUUUGUCAACAUCAGAUGAUUUUGUUUCUUUGCUAUAUUCCUGCUCUCUGGAAUGUUCUUCUGUGGAUGCUCGGGAAUGAUUUUUGACCAAGUUUCUUCCUUCCAGCUCUAGCUUUUCCCUGUAAAGAGGGAAAGCAAAUACUGUAUAUAUUUGCCUGUAGAAAUCCUAUAGUUUCUUUUGGACAGAAUUUGUCUAUUUUUAUUUGUUGCAAUGCCAUUUCCUGUUCAAUUGUACUCUUCUGUGAAAAUGAGGCUUCUGCAAUAAUACAAAAACAAUACUUUAGGUACUGGAAUUUUAAAACAAAUAUUCCAAAAGCUGGGCAGCAUCUGGAAAGAGAGAAACAGUUAAUGUUUGAUGUCAGUGAGGUUUUUGUUAAAUGGUAUGUCAAUAUCUUGGAAUUUUUAAGAUCAAGAUAUUGUUUUCCCUCAACUUCUGCAGUGGAAAUUGCAUGGCAGCUCAGUGCUUUUUCUGUUUUUUGGAGUUUUGUACACCAUUUGAGGAAUAGUGUAAAGGACAAACACUUCCUCCAGGGGGUCAAAUUCAAAAGGAGUAACUUGCUGCAGUUGGUUGAGGAGGAAAUCAACAGAUGGUGAAAAUGAAAGCAGCUGAAAUAAACAUUGAGCUUGGUUAUGAUGUGCAACAUGUUUGCAACUGAAAUGAGUUUGGUUUAUGUUUAAAAAGAAGGAAAUAAAAAGUUAAAAUUGG